AUGUCUACCGACACCCGCAAACGCAGCUCCAAAGCGGACGAUUCUUUAAAGUUUGAUCAACUAUUUUGAAUUAUUUGUUAAACGAUGAAUUUCAGUACUGCAGCUUUGGCUCAUAAUUUGGAGGCCCUCGAGUUUGGCAGAACUUGUCAAUCGUCCGCCGCGGGAAUCGCUGCAGGUAAUAAAAAACUUCGUUAAUUUUUUGAAGGUUUCUUUUCUUCAGGUAUCCUCGGUCUGACAGGAAUCAACGGAUUUCUGUUGUAUCUGGCGACAGUUCUUUUCCAGGUGAUUUUUUGAUUUUUAAUUUUGAAGUUUACGGUUUUUUUUUUCAGGCAGUCAUCUGGGAAACAAAAGCAAAAGGCGGUUGGUCGCUCUACUUCCCUGACCGAAACUCGCUGACUUGGUCUCAUGGAAACGGUCUUCUCACUUUUGUCCUUCUAUGGGUCUUCUUCUACGGCAUGGUGCACGUAUAUUGAUCCGAUUUACUCCUCAUCGAUUUCGCGAGAGCUAAAUCUGUAUGACUGGUCUCAAACUAACGUUCCUCAUCAGUACUGAUUCUUUGUGUAUCAGUGUUGCUCUAGAUAUAUUUUUUUUUUUGGAUAAAUUUUUGAAAUCAAUUGUUUAUUUUCUUUGAUAAUAUGUCUCAUCAUCUUCUAUCUAUGUCUUAUUAAAUUUUUGAUUGCUAUCGAAACCUUGAAGAUGUUAUCUCUUCUUCGAAACACAUUGGCUUUGCCAUGUAGUUCAGUUCUAAGCGGUGGUCCUGUUUUGCGACCAGUUUUCGGUGAAAUUCAUCAAGUCAGAGGUAAAUUUUUUUGGGAUUUUGGUGAAUUAAACAUACUUUUAGGGAGGAAAAGAGCACUUAAGCAGACUUUGACGCGACAGCAAAGGCUCGAGCGGCGGAUAAAAAGAGAAGAAAAAGAAGCGGCUCGAAAACAGUACACCUUUAUGGAGAGGAUCAAUAUUCGACGAAUGAAGAACUUGUCAGUUUGAUCAUAAAUGAAGAGGCUUUCCUGCGAAUAGAAAACUUUUUCUGGAAAUCGGAGAAGAUUCCAUUGGGAUUUACAUUAUCGCUCGUUUCCUCUCUGAUUUUUAGAAAUUCAAUUAGGGACAAGUCGACGUCCGAGUACUUUCCGAAAAAAAAUUUAGAGUUUUCGUUAGGCUUUCGAAUACGCCAGGGCUAUUGCACGAUUUUAGAUAAAAUUAAAAACGGCUCUUCGUCUCGGAAUCUUCAUGAGCUCUGAUUAUAAUCCUUCAAACAAGUUUAUUUGAAGAUUGUCGCCUUCUCAACAGUUUCCGGGACGUCUUGUACCUGAAAAUGAAGUCGCUCUGCCAGAAAAGCCGACGUUGGACGUGUUCAUCAAGUUGGUAUUCUUUUCCAUAAAAACUUCAUAGGAUAUAAUUUUUCCUUGAGAGUUUUUCGAUAUUUAUAUACUUUCGGAUUCAUUUAGUAGGUUUUUUUGGGUUGAGGUUUUAAAAAACAACUACAUGUGCCAGUGGAAAUUCAUUCAAUUAGUUCAAUUUUCCAGAAGCCACUUCAAGACGCAGUACUAUUCCGUUUCGGAGGCUCUUCUGAUGCAUCGAGAGAUCCAGGCGCCAAAUAUGUACAACAAUCCGAAUGCUCCCGUCCGUUUGCGCUUGGAACUCAACAUGAACACUGAGCGUCAGGUUUGGUCUUUUUUUUGAAAAUUCAAUAACUUUCUAGAAAAGUUUUUUAAGUAGACCUGCAAUUUUUUUUGGUUGCUUCAUAGUUUGCAUCAUCAUACUAGUUGAAUUCAUUUUUGAAAUUCAGAGUUACUUCAUUUACAAAUUGAACCGUGAAGCUAAGUUUUUUUGUAGGUCUGGUUUUACUUGUUUUUAUAUUAAUUUCAAUGUAACCGUUUCUGGAAAAACUUUGUUCCAAGGAAAAAAAAAGAAAUAAAAAAAAAAAUUUUUUUAGAUCGUUUCACAGUAAAAAAUUAAAAAUGGUGGAAUCAUACACUCUAGAUUUUUUUGUCGUUAUCAAAUCGAAAAAAAUCAAUUUUUUUAUAUAACUCACACGUGACUACUUCUUCUUUGCUAAAGCUUUUAUCAUUGAAUACCUCUGAAAAUCAAAUCAUUUCGUUACAAUCCGAAAAAAGAGACAUAGUUUCAAGGAUUCUUUUGUUUGUUCAGACGAAAAUGGUGACGAGCAGCGACGAGAUCGUUCCGGUGCCGUUUCCCUUCAAACACAACGAGAAACGGACGAUUCUCGCCUUUGUACAGGACACGAAAUUGCAAGAUUUGGCGGUACAGUCUGGGGCUGAAAUUGCGGUCGGACAAGACAUGAUCAAAAAAGUUUGCUUUCUGAAGUUUGUAAUGUUUCGUUUUGCCUUGCAGAUUAUCAAGGGCCAAUUCCGAAUCGAUGACUAUGAUUUUUGUGUUUCACACGUUGAUAUGGCUUCUUUCAUUUUGCCACUGCGAGGAAUUCUGAAAACGAGAUUUCCUACAAGGUCCAAUGGUUGGUAUGCCUCCAGUUUUGAAGGCAAUUUAGAACUUGAGGUGGUCUCGGCGAGAAUCUUCCAGAGCUCAUCGAGAAGUUCAAGAACGGAGUGAAGCUGAACAUCAAGGCGGACCCGGUCUAUCCGACCUGGGGCCUCAGCGACUGCGUCGUCGGAAGAGUCUCUUCAUUUCCAGACGUUUUCAUGGGGAAAGGCCUUUUUCAGCUUUCGAUGCCUGACGAGCAAAUCGAAGCCAACGUGGCCGCAGUCGUCGCCGCGGCCUGCGCCCACAGAAAUCCCGCCCUCGGCUCUUUUGUCAAUAGGUUUGACUAGGAAUUUUGAUGGAAAAUUAGCCAUUUUGGGUCAUAAAAUACUUUAUUCACUUUUUAAUGUUUUCAGUGGUAAAACGAGACAAAAUCCAUUUCUAAUUGAUAUUUUUUUAAUAAGAAAUUUUUUUAGCGCCACGAUUCCAAAAAUUUAUGCUCCACAAAAAAAUUUCAAGAAACGAAUCGAAAAAAACAUGUAAUUAUUGAAAUUUGCUCAAUUUCAUCAUCCGUUGUUUUCGCAUUUUUCAGAAGCUAUGGUGUAUCAAAUUUCAUAUUGAUUUGAAAAUCCCAAUAGAUAAAACAGAACAAAGAUUUUCAACAAAGUCUCGAAAUAAUCGCAAGAAUUGAGAAAAAAAAAUUCUUUUGGUUGAGUUUUUCAUGCAGAUAGUAUUAUUGCGAUACAGUCCAAUCUUCAUACUUCAUUUCAAAAAAAGCUUGAUUAUACUUCAGGAAGAGUUACAUUUCAAAUUCUUAGUUUUAUUGGUCAAGAGCCUCUUUCAAUGUGAAUUGAGCUGGGAAUAAUUUUUCACCUUGAAUCAAACCUUUCAUCGCUGAAUAAUUAUACCUUUUCGUUAACUAUGUGUGCCUGGGUAAGGUAAACCAGAAGCGCUCCAGGUGGUUCUGAGCAAUCCUAGGGAUCACUUAAGAGCGCCGACGCAGCUAAAGUGGUCACUAGAAAUUCCCGGACUCGUCCGAUUCGCGUCUGGUUAACGUACCAUGGUCCUAAAUCACCAAAAAAAAAACAGCUCUGGAAGUAGAUAACCUCCUUCUUUGGUCGGAGCUUGUUCCUCCUAUUUAUCGACCAUGAAAACCGCUGAUUGACGUCUGUUUGAGGGCUCUUUUGAUGACGAUUCCCGGAGAGGAACACUACGCCUUGAACGUGAGCUCCUGGUUGCCGGUGGCCAGCGAAGAAGAAAUUGAAAAGGUCCAAUCAGUCCUCUCUUCAGUGUUUCUUCAAUUGAACGCGUUUAGAUCGAAAAGAGGAAGAAUAAAAAGGGAAAGAAGAAGGAGGAGCAGAAAAAAGAAGAAGACGAGGACGAGGAACCCGUUGCUGUCGCUUCUGCAUAG